AUGAGUGUCUACUCCCAUGAUUAUGCCGCGCCAUCGGACCAGAUCGAUGUCGAGGCGCAACCGCAUUCCCCGCUGCGUGACGUCGAAGACGCAGCCUCCCCGGACACCUUUCUAGCCAGAGCCAACUCUGUCAGCUCAGUCAGGCGACGGCUGAAGAGGUCCAACACGGCGCGUUCCUACUACAGAGAAGGCCUCAGCCCCGAUCACAGCUGGGAACCAGGAAAGGAACCGGGCAUCGACCCCAAGAAGCCUCUACCGCCAGAUGGCACCGAGUGGUCGUCGUCGCUGCCGGUCGAUCUCCACAAAAGAUGCGAAAUCACGGUCGUGGACUUCUCUCAGCACGAGAUGCGCCAGUACGUGCUUGACAACGACACGCUGGAGCAAUUCCUGCAGCGAGAGCGAGAGCCCUGGGUACAAUGUCGCUGGAUCAAUGUCAACGGGUUGAGUUGGGACGUCAUUCGGAUUCUGGGAAGCCACAAGAACCUGCAUAGGCUGGCCAUCGAGGAUCUCAUGCAUUCGCACAACCGCACCAAGGUCGAUUGGUAUUCCGAUCACGCCUUCAUCGUCCUGUCGCUCCAGAAAUUGGUCACGCUGCGCAGCGGCGAUGAGAGUGAUUCGGAGGACGGUAGCGGUGAGGGCCAGGACCGCAAUGGGAGAGACGACAGAGACUCUGUUCUCAGCGCAAAAUCACUGAAGACGCCCAAAGAGAGCAAAAACUGGUGGGUGAUCAUGGCCGCGCUCGGAGAUCUGCUUAUCCCGCGCAGAUUCAGGGACAACCACAAGGGUCCUGGUGAACGUCCUGGCAGCGUGGAGAGUCUAUAUGAUCGAGGGGCGCAUCAAGGAGAUGUUCGUCAGUUCCGGCCUCCGCACAAUCGGAGUCUGCAGCGCUAUCGAGGGGGACCGAACGAGGAGCGGAUUGAAUUCAUGGAGCGCCAUGCCGUUCUCGCCUCGCGAGGCCUGUGUGUGACGCUCGAGCAGGUGUCGAUCUUCCUUAGCGCCGACAACACGGUCUUAUCGUUUUUCGAUGCGAGCGCCGGUGACGUCGAGGCGCCGAUUAUUAAACGUCUGAAUUCGCCAGAAACCAUCCUACGGCAGUCGUGCGAUGCCUCCAUGCUGGUGCAGGCCAUUCUCGACGCCAUCAUCGAUCUGGCGAUCCCCGUGACGAUGGCCUACCAGGACGUAAUGGGCGACCUGGAGGUCGCAGUCCUGACUGACCCGAACAUCGAACAAUCCAAGAGCCUCUAUAUCCUCACCUCAGAGAUCGCCGUUCUUCGGAACGCUAUGCAGCCGGUGGUGGCCGUCAUCAACGCUCUCCGCGAUCACCGGUCAGAGCCUGUGAGCACUCCGGGUUUGGCCACUGUCAAGUCCGGUGUGACAGCAAAUCCCUUCUUUGCGCCAUCGUCGGGCAACAACAACUCCGCUUUCAUGGGGACUGCGCCUCCUAACCUGAAGAGCAUGGGCGGGUCGACGGUGACGAUCAGCGCCAUGUGCCACACGUACCUUGGCGAUGUUCUGGAUCACUGCAUCACCAUAGUUGAGGGAUACGACCAGAUGAGGCGGUCUGCUGACAACAUGAUCGAUCUGAUCUUCAACACUAUCGGUAUGCCAUACAAUCGAUCUCCUUCCAGGAAAUCACUGCGCAUACCAGAACGAGAGCAUGAAACAGCUGAGCCUCGUGACUUGUUUGUAUCUUCCUUUGACGUUCUUGACGGUCUCUACUUCUGGGAGAUAGCCGUGCCUUUCGUUUUUGUUACGACCGUCUUGCUGAUGCGCGACAAGAUUAUGCGAUACUUCUUGAAUCUCGCCCAGAAACGGCUCUUCUUCAGUUCGCGGAGACGGAAACAGAGGAGGAAGUAUACCAAAAAGUCGUAA